AUGUCAAAAGAUAGUUCCAUCUCUAUUGUCGCUACUGGAUUGCUUCUUAUCAGCUUUAUCACUAUUGCAGAAGUGGAAUCGAUUGGCGUGUCUUAUGGUAGGGACGGAAAUAAUCUCCCUCCGGCAAAUGAAGUCAUCGGGCUGUACACAACUUACGGAAUAGAUGGCAUUCGACUAUAUGAUACUAACCAUGACAUCCUUCAAGCCCUCAGAGGCACUAACAUUGCGGUCAUCAUCGACGUUCCUGAACCCGAUGUCACCGUUAUCGCAAAUAGCGACCUUGCCGCCGCUGGAUGGGUUCGAGACAACAUUCUACCUUUCUCCCAUGACGUGAACUUCCGUUACAUUGCUGUUGGCAACGAGCUUAUUCUUGGCUCUCAUACAAACGACAUCUUACCUGCAAUGAAUAAACUGCAAGACGCAUUGCAACAAGUUGGCCUUGAUGGCACGAUAAAGGUCUCAACUUCAGUCUCUAUGGGCGUGUUUGGCAAGUCAUGGCUCCCCUCCGAAAGCUUCUUCUCCCCCGCCAUCUUCUCGACACUCCAAUCCAUUGUUGGCUUCCUUGCCAAGCAUGGUUCCCCCCUCCUGUUCAACGUUUAUCCUUACUCCAGCCUCAUUGAAAGCAACGGAAAUAUCACCCUUGACUUCGCACUCUUCACUGCAGGCGGCAUAGUGUUUAGUGACAAUGGGUUGGAUUAUCAGAAUUUAUUUGAUGCGAUGGUUGACGCACUUUUCUCGUCGCUCGAGAAGGUGGAAGGCGGCAGUACUGUCAAUGUAGUGGUGUCGGAGACUGGCUGGCCGUCGGAUAGCGGGGGCGUGGCCACGCGGCAGAAUGCACAGACUUUCAUCUCUAAUCUAAUAGAUCAUGUUAAGAAAGGGACGCCCAAGAAGCCGGGUAAAAUUGAAACCUACAUAUUUGAUUUAUUUGAUGAGAACCUAAAACAACCACAGGGGAUAGAAAAUCAUUAUGGUCUCUUCACUCCAACCAAGGAGCCCAAAUAUUCUCUUAAGUUUAAUUAA